AGCUUCUGAGGCUUUGCCGUGACGCGCGGAGGUUCGUGUGCUCGCUGAGGCGAAGAAGAAACUAAGGUGUCCACGCCAAGGGAUAAGCGGGUUAAAGACACCGUUUAAGACAAAGAGGCAGCAUGGAUGAAGAGGAGAAGUUUGUGAACAUUGAUCUGAACGACGACAAUAUCUGCAGUGUCUGCAAGCUAGAGACGGACACGGGAACCUUAUCUUUCUGCCAUGUCUGCUUUGAACUGAGCAUUGAAGGCAUCUCUUCUGCCACCUUGUUGCACUCAAAGUCCCUGCGAGGCCACAGAGACUGCUUUGAGAAAUGUCACCUCAUUGCCAACCAGAAGCUGUCGCGUUCCAAGGUGUCCAGAAGUGCCUACGAGGGCAUGAAGCUGGCCUUCAGCCAGAAACUGAACCGCAUCAUCCAGUAUGCCCAGAACAAAGACUCAGUCCCCUCUAAUUGCCCCAGCAGACGGGGGGCCAAGCUGCUUUGUCAAGGUGACUGCAAGCUGCUACCACAGUCAGAUGCCCAGGUUCCCAGGUACACGCCCCGCUGGGACACAUGCAAAGCUACAGGGCUGCCAGAUUACGCCAUGGGAAUGUUGGAGUGUCACACGGCGGAGGAGUUUGGGCUGCUGCAGGAGUCGUCGUCUGAUGUUUGGUCCAGUGAUGGCAGGAAUGGUCUGCACAGCCGAAUACCGUCGUCAGGAGGACAGACGCAGCUCAGACACCAGGGACACAGCAGAGAUGAAUUGACCAAAAUGAGUGUGGACGAUCUCCAUCAGCUGAACGGCCAGCUACUGAUGCAGUUACAGAAGGUCUUUGAGGAGCUGACCGUCGCCGUGCAGGAAAAAGACUCGUUGGCGUCAGAGCUGCACGUGCGUCACAUCGCCAUCGAGCAGCUAUUCAAGAACUGUGCCAAGCUGCCGUGGCUGCAGAUCAGCCGCGCCGGAGUCAAAGCUAGCAGCAACAGCAGCGGCCCUGUAGAGUGAAGAGUGAUCUGAAGGCUGACGAACACUUGAACUAACUGUCUGGAAGAGCCUUCAUGUGCCCUGUGUGACUCUAAAGCACCAUGGUGACAUGUAGGUGUUUGAUCCUCAUUACAGCAGCAUUAAGGGCUGAGUGGACAUGGCCUCUCCUCUCGUGGUUGCAGUGAUGAUGCAAGGAUUAAUGAGGAAUUGCUGUUUAAAACAGACUGCUGGUAUGAACUGAUUUACAAUUCAUGUACCCAGAAUGCACGCUGAUAGCAGCUGGAGACGAGUCCUAGCACAAGAGGAAGUUCUUUUUUGGACAUCACCCUAAAAGAAUAUUUCAAAGAUUCACUGCGUAUAGACUGAAAACAGAAUCUGACUUCAUUUGGUUUCAUAGUUUCUUUGGUUUUACUUUGCUGUCCAACAUUUUUGAGUGUGUGGUCAUGUCACACAUGGCUGUUUGAAUAUUGGUUUUAACACCUCUUCAUACACCUCCAUGUGCUAUCUGAUGGUGUGUGCAGUGUUUGACAACACAGCCUAGAUGAAUACUUGCUGCUGAUUACAGGGGCAGCGGUCGUAUGAGCAUUUCAAAGUGCAUUGCAACUAAAAAUAGAUGUGUGUGAAUUGUAAACUGUAUUAAGAAGCACAUGUGCUCCUUUGGGGAGGGGGGGGGGGUAACCUAAAGCCUUGGAUAAGCUGUCCGAUGUCUAUCAUGUUCAAGCACUGCCGAGUGUAGUGUUUGAUUGCUCUCCUUAACACCGUUUUAUAUUUUCCUCUAAGCUGCUCAAAGAAACAUAAUGUCUUCAAAAAAGAGUUUUAUCCUUUCCUUGAAAAGACCCUGAUUAGAGGAGACGUCUGAGUACAUGUUUAACAUUUUGAUGUCUUAAUCGGAGAGACUGAACUGACGUGGAACACAUCUGCAAAAAGUGAAUCAUCCUUACAAAUACAGGUGUCUUUUAAAUAUCAGAAAUGUUGAAGUAUUAAAGAAUUUGAGUGCAAAACAACUUCUGAGCAUUCAGAGCUAAUUCGGGCUAAUUUUGAGCCCCAAACAAGAGUUAGCUAGAUUUAGAUAUGUGUGUUUAAAAAAAGCCAAAGCCACUCCCCUGAAACACACAAACACUGAAAAGUGCAAAACGAGUCCAGCAGGUGGACUGUGACAUCAUCGCAUCUGUCCAAAUGAAUUCAUGCGAGCAGUCAGAGAUUUAAAUAUAUAUAUCUUCAGGGUUUUAUUUGUCAGAGCGUUUGAUUUAAAUAUUUCCAUGGAGAUCUAAAGAGAAUUUUUUAACAGAUUUAACAAAAUAAACUUUAAAUAAACGGCACUCCUUUAUGUUGAAUAUAAAGACAAAAUAAUCUAAAGAAACAAAAGACCAAUCAAAGUGUUCAAGCUAACGAAGCUUUACCGGCUGUGUUUAUGAAGUCAUACUUUGUAGGAGCAGUUUAUCAAGCAGCACGUGGAUAUAUCCGCUAACAAAGCCUCUGAAUGUUUAGAGAGCUGCUACAAGGGAACGUUUCUGUUUAUCUCAGCUUUUGGUUUUAUCAUAGCUUUUAAUGCCGCUGACAUUUACUUGAUACUUGUUUUCUGUCCUCAAGCUUUCAAGCACAAGUCGUACGCAAGGCUCUAGACUAAAACGAGCGCUAUCAGAAGAAGAGAGUUUAAUGUGAUGGAAGAGAAAUCCAGCUGCCAAACCAAAGCCUGAAUAGUUUCUGUUCACAUGUGAACAUCUAGCAUUUGACUUGGGUUGAAUUAAAGAGAGGUCGUUGCAAUACCAAACCGAUUUCAAACACACGUGGCUUAGUGAUUUUAAACAUUUGUCUUUUUCUUCUCAAAGUGUCGGACAUCAUUCGUUCUCAAGCACAUGUGGCGUAUCUGUGUUUUAUUUAUCUUUUAUAUUGUUCUAGGAUGGGCUCGCCCUCUCUCCUGUGUGAGAGCUAAAGCGAGAUGACGCAGCAAUACGAACACGAUGGUUUAGAGUGUGCUGUGCCUCUGGAGGUCCCUGAGUUUUAGAGCAAAAGGAGACAAAGAAGGAUUUAAGGGAUAGUAUUAACAGUCAGUGUUGCAGAAAGCCUGCAGUCUUUUAUUCAGGAACCCUAUGCAAGACAGAGAGAAAUAAAUCAGAAGCCUUAUCGAGUAGAAAAUAUCUCUAAGAAUAUUGGUCCAUCUGAGUUCGCCUCAGGAGUCGCAGAGCGAGUCGAGUAUUAUGCGCUGGUGAAGGACGAGGUUAAAAACCAGAAAGACGCUUUAGAAAAAGUCUGCUUUGUCAGUGUAUCUCUUUUCAGCUCUCUUUGUAAGAGAUUUAAUGUAUUUGACCCCUUUUUAGGGUUAAAGGUUUUAGCUUCAUUUUAAACUUUAAUCUUGGUUUGUAUCUGUCUUCAGUGUGUUGGAUAUUUGAGAGUAUUCAGAUUACUUCUCCUUAGAGCAACUUUCCACUCAUUUGAUCCUCAGUUGUGUGUUUUUUUUAAUGUGUGUUUUUAUGAAUGCUGUGUUCUUGCAUACUGUGGAAACAUGCCUGGGCUUGUGCUGCAGGCUGCCUAGCUUUGGUUUUUCUCUAUUGAUGGUUUUUCUUUUUCUUUUACUGGAGAUGUAAGUAAACCUGUUACACUUCCACCUCCCUCCUUUUUUAGACUUGACUCUUUGUUCGUUUGUUUUCUGAUGUUAAAGAGGCUGCAUUUGUGUCGUGUGAUGCAUUUCUAUUUAUUCUGUGUGUUCAAGGACCGAAAACAGGCUGUGUGAUUCGUGCUUAAGUGACAGGUUGUAUUUUGUAAAAUAUUUCAAUUAAACAAAAAUAUUUUUUACUACA